GAACAGAUGGCGGAGCGGGCGGCGGACCGCGAGGCAAGGGCCCACCACAGACAGGCCACGCCGCGGAGAAGGGACCCAGCCACGCCGAGGCAGCACGCGCCGAACAACGGCCGGGCGGCGCCGUCGAAAGCCGAGUACGCCGCCAUGCUCGAGGAGCAGAUCGCCGACAGGAACCUCCAUCGCGCGCGAGCUGGUGGCGCCAGCGGUGGUCUGACGUCGCAGGCCGCCGCGGGCGGCGCGGUCAUCCCGAUGGGCGGGGACGAGCACGUCUUCCGCCCCCGCCCGAUCGAGAACGUGGAGCCCGUGGCCUACCAGGAGCAGCUCCGCGAGCAGAUCUCUGGACGGCGGGCCCAGCGCCACGCGCAGGCCUUCCACGCCCAGCGGCCCGAGGAGGCCGCGGCGCCGACGUUCCUGCCGCAGGCCCCCACGGAGCGAGCCCGCGGCAAGCGCGUCGUCGGCCAGCUCGCCGCGCUCGAGACCGGGAGCGCGGGCCAGUACGCCGCGGACCUCAGGCAGCAGAUAGCGCAGCGCGAAGGCAUGAUGACCGAGUGGAGGCAGAUCGAGGACGCGCGCCUGGCGCGCCAGCUCAACGAGGCGCACCGGCAGGCGGCGGACCGGCAAGGCAUGCUCGUGAUCCUCGUGAUCAUCCCGAUCACGAGGAUCAAGAGCAUGUGCAGGAGCGAGACCGACGAUGGCUACGCCGUUAUUGUUUUCCUGCUUUGCUGA